AUGGUGAAGGUGGUGAUGGAGGACAACGAGAGCCACGGCAGCGGAGUGCAGCACCAUUCGUCGUCGCCGGCGCAAAACCGGCAACAGCGGCAGAAAGUGGAAGUGUACAAUGAGAUUCUUCGCCGGCUUAAGGAUUCCGGCAACGAAGAGGCUAUGCAGCCAGGCUUCAACGAUCAGCUUUGGGCUCACUUCAACCGCCUUCCUACACGGUAUGCACUUGAUGUGAAUGUGGAAAGGGCGGCAGAUGUUCUUAUGCACAAGAGAUUACUUCGUUUGGCACAUGAUCCUGCUAAUAGGCCUUCAAUUGAAGUUCGCUUAGUUCAGGUUCAUCCCAUAUCUGACGGAAACUCAGCUGAUUCUUUCCAAUCAGCUACUCCUGAGAUAGAAUCUGGUCAAAGCUCUUCAAAGUACUCAAGCAGACAGAGUAUACAUCCACCUCCUGCUUUUGGUUCUUCUCCUAAUCUUGAAGCACUAGCUCUCGACGCAAGUAAUUCUGAAGGCAUAAAGGAGGAACAAUCUGUGCAUGCCAAUGUACAAUAUUCACGGCCUAUGCAUGAAAUCACCUUCUCAACAGAUGACAAGCCAAAGCUUCUCAGUCAGUUAACAGCUUUACUUGCUGAGAUUGGACUGAACAUCCAAGAGGCGCAUGCCUUUUCCACAACUGAUGGUUACUCAUUAGAUGUGUUUGUUGUCGAAGGAUGGCCCUACGAGGAAACGGAGAAGCUUAAAGCAACUUUGGAAAAAGAAGUAUCGAAGAUUGAGAGGCAGGUGACGUCUGGUCAGCAAUCAGCAUCUUCUGUCGAGAAGCUUGAUCAAGCAGUGGUCAAAUGUGAACCAGAUCAUUUGACAAUACCUAAUGACGGGAUAGAUGUUUGGGAAAUAGACCCUAAACAUUUGAAAUAUGGAACUCAAAUUGCAUCUGGAUCAUAUGGUGAACUAUUUAAAGGUGUAUAUUGUAGCCAGGAAGUAGCCAUCAAAGUUCUCAAGGCUGAGCAUGUAAAUUCAGAAUUGCAGAGAGAGUUCGCGCAGGAAGUCUAUAUCAUGAGAAAGGUUCGACACAAGAAUGUUGUACAAUUCAUUGGAGCAUGUACCAAGCCCCCACGCCUAUGCAUAGUAACAGAGUUUAUGUCUGGUGGAAGUGUGUAUGACUACCUACAUAAGCAGAAGGGUUCUUUUAAAUUUCCUACCCUGCUCAAAGUUGCAAUUGAUGUUGCUAAAGGAAUGAACUACUUGCACCAACACAACAUAAUCCACAGAGACCUGAAGGCUGCCAAUCUUUUGAUGGAUGAAAAUUGUAUUGUAAAGGUCGCUGAUUUUGGGGUUGCUAGAGUGAAAGCACAAUCUGGAGUUAUGACAGCAGAAACGGGAACAUAUCGAUGGAUGGCUCCUGAGGUUAUAGAACACAAGCCGUAUGAUCACAAGGCUGAUGUAUUUAGUUUUGGAAUUGUUUUAUGGGAGUUGCUCACUGGAAAGCUUCCAUACGAAUAUUUGACUCCUCUACAAGCAGCUAUAGGAGUGGUUCAAAAGGGUCUACGACCCACCAUCCCCAAGAACAGCCAUCCAAAGUUUGUUGAGCUUCUUGAGAGGUCUUGGCAGCAAGAUCCAACAUUGAGACCUGAUUUCUCUGAAAUUAUCGAGAUCUUGCAGCAGUUAGCUAAAGAGGUUGGAGAUGAAGGAGAGGAGCGGCGCAGGGAUAAAUGGGGAGGGUUUCUGUCUGUCCUCAGACAAGGUCAUCAUCACUAAGAGGUUAUUUGAAUAGAUUGUGUUCAUAACAUGGUCAUAGCUAGGAACAAGGGCCAUUUCGCAUUAAGUUUUUCGUUGACAUGUACAGUUUUCUUCACGUUAUCUAAUUGCUUUUAUAAUAGAUUUCGCACGAUUUAUGCAUUUUGAAAAUGAUCAAUUACCCAUUUAUCUUCGAGUUUUACGAUGGCAUUUUUCUUUUCUCUGUAAAAG